AUGGCUUCAAGAGAAAAACAUAUAGUUAAUAAGGAACCAAGUUUUUAAUUCUUCGUCAAGAAAGGCCUGAUUAAACAAAACAAUAAAGGAUAAGUUUUUCCAAUAUUCACCUAUCGUAUUAAUAGUCAACCAUCCCCUUCAAAAACGUUUGAACUUUCUGUAUUCCCAUCGAAGAUAGUAAAGAGAGCAAAUGUUCAUCAACUUAAUCCUUCUCCUUUCGUUAUAACUAAUAUCCCCAAAAAAAAUACAGUUUAUCAAUCGUAUAUUGACAACAUCAUAAAGAGAAAAGUGAAAGAUAAACCAGAAAUUCGGAAGAAAUACUCCAAUACAAUUGAUGAGAUUAAGGGGAGAUAAAUUGAAACUGUAAAGGAUUGUUUUCUCCCUAAACUUAAUUGUCUAAAUCGUUAACCUUAAAAGUUGAAGUAUCGUCAUUCAUUGCCGAAGCAGGACAUCUAAACAGAACCUAAUCCUGAACCAAAUCCCUCAGAUAGAUUGCAACCGUGGGAUUCAAGUUCAAAGUCAUUUGUACUCUAAUGA